GGGGACACAACUGCCCUCCUGGAUACGCCCUUGUUUAGUCGUAUGGAUAAUGGUGAUGAGUAAACGCGGAAAAAGCUAAAUGGAUAUUUAGAACUUUCAAUCCAAGAAUGAAACAUCUACUGGUGUGGAAGGCGUUAGCAUGGUGGUGGUGCUGAACGGGGUGCUGUCGGACGAGUGCCCGACGUCGGUGCGCGCGCUGCUGGCCGCGCACCCGGGCUACAGGGAUGCGGCUGCGCAGCUGAUAGCGGCGGCCGCGCGAGUCGUGCCCGCGCCCGGCUUGUUGUACGUCGCGCAGAGGGAGCUCGCGGCCGUCGUGCCGCAUGACAAAAAUGUGAGCAUCAUUGGAUCAGACGACGCCACGUCUUGCAUCAUUGUCGUCGUCAGACAUUCUGGUUCGGGAGCAGUUGCGCUUGCGCAUCUCGAUGGGUCGGGCACGGCGGAGGCGGCAGCCGCGAUGGUGGCGCGCGUUCAGCAGCUCGCCGUGGGCUAUCCCGAGGGACGCCUGGAGUUACAGCUAGUCGGCGGCUUCACGGAUCCGCACCGAUAUUCAGAUGAACUCUUCGCUAAUAUUAUGCUAUCGUUCCACCGCCUGACAGUGGAGAUAGAUCUGACGCUGGCGUGUUGCUGCGAGUUGAACACGGCGCUCGGCGGCGGCUCGCCCGCGCCGCUCGUCACGGGCGUGGGGGUCGACAUCCGCGCCGGGGACCUGUUCCCGGCCACGUAGGACAAAGGUCCAGAGCUGCCGCUGAGGGGCGCCAGGACCAUCACCAGCGGGCCGCAUUCCGCGCAGGUGCUGGAUAUAUACGACAGCGGCGUGGGCAUGUUGCGCAUCGGCCCGUUCAACUACGACCCGCUGCGAGGAGUCGACCUGUGGCUCGAGCAGUCCGACGACUUCAUACUGCAGCAUCUCAGCACCACGCCGGCAGUGGAGCCGCCGCACUUCGUACAUAACAUUCGCGUGACACUAAAGUUCAUCCAACAGCAUCCGUUCCCGGCGGUGACGGUGUUCCCGGACAAUCGGUCGCAUUACUAUCGCCGCGACGAGCAGACCGGACUGUGGGUGCCGAUGCGCUUUAAACUUUACAAGUGUCGGAAGGCGGGUCCAUACAAAUCACGUCUGUAUGUUGCAUCCUAUAUAGCACAUUUUGAAUAUGUGUUUUCUCUUUCAUUCUUAGGGCAUUUGCUGCGUAGAAAGGGACACACUGAUUGUGGUUAUAAAUAGAAAAGGAUGAUUUAAUUUGCCAGAUCCGCAAUGUGUUUCUACU